GGAGGUCGCGCCCUCCAGACGCCAGGAUGCCUGGCCCCUGGUUGCUGCUCGCCAUGACUUUGACUCUGACCCUGACCCACGGUGUCCCGGGAGGCUGCACACAGGCCGAAGUGGUCCAGCAGGAGGCGGCGACAGCUGCGCAGCACCCGGGCCUGGACGACCUCCUGCGCCAGGCAGAGCGUCUCCUCCUCCUUCGAGAAGACCUCCAGCGGCUGGGAGGGGUCCAGGGAAAUCCAGAAUCAGAGUCCCAGAUCUUUCAACCUGACUGGCUCUCUAAACGUCAGCAUCCAGGCAAAAGGGAGGAGGCAGAAGAGGGAGCUGAAGAGGAGGAGGAAGAAGGAGGGGCUUCAGGGCCCCACAAACGGCAGCACCCAGGCCGGCGGGAGGAUGCAGCCAUGUGGUCAGCAGAUGUGACCCAGCAGAAGCGGCAGCACCCUGGCCGGCGCUCCUCCUGGCUGGGGUAUAUGUUAACCAAGAGGCAGCACCCAGGAAGACGGCUGGUGGAUCCCAUUUCCCAAAGGAGCUGGGAAGAGAAGGAGGAAGAGGAGGAGGAGAAAGGAGACCUGAUGCCCGAGAAACGCCAGCAUCCGGGCAAGAGAGCCUUGGGAGGCCCAUGUGGGUUCCAGGGAGCCUGUGGUCAAGCCAGCCUUCUGCUGGGGCUCCUGGAUGACCUGAGCAGGGGCCAGGGGCCUGAGGAGAAGCGACAGCACCCUGGGCGGCGGGCAGCCUGGACCAGGGAGCCCCUGGAGGAGUGAGCGCAGUUUCCACUAAGCGCAGUGCAGGGUCUAAGAAUGUCUUGAGCCCUGUGUGCCCUAGCCCUCCGUGACCACCUCUUCCUGCCUCCUUACAUCGCUCAUCAUGAACCUGAGCCCCCUGUAUGCACACACCCAAACCCCUGGCCUUGCCCCCCUCCUUCAGGGACACGGAAAGCCAUCCUAUGAGUUAAAAACCUGUAUUACUUCAUUUUGCAUUGGUGGCAAGGGGGCAGAUCCCAGAGACCCUCCCCCAGCCCCAGGCCUGCUCCUCUGCCUUAGCCCUGGCUAAGAUGACCCUUCAGUGUUUUCUAAGCGAUUCUCAGAGAGAGGCAGAGUGCUUCUGGGCCAGGCAGCCGGUGAGGGUGGGGCCAAGCUGAAGUGGUGAUGCCCAGAUUUGGCGUCGAUCCCAAGUCCUGAGUGUCAGGAUUUGCCACAUGUGAACUUUGCCCCCAGUGCUGCUCCUCCUUUGCUCCUCUCCUUCUUGUGUGGUAUUUUUGUGGGUGGCAGCACCAGACUCACAGCUGUGUUCUGCUUGGGGGAAGCGUUUUAGGUGGAGACA